GUCAUCAUUCUCCGCCAUAUUGUUAGGGGAAAUCGAGGAGGAAAGUGCCUGGGAGGCAACAGCUCUCGAAUGCCUGACUAUCCACGUCAACAAGGACGUUUUCGAUGUCUUAGCUUUCUAAUUCAUAGGCAUAUCUAUGCACAUGCUAUUCUAAAGGUGAUUUAGUGGUUGUAGUCGCUGUUGUGGCCUAUCCAUAGAUCAUGACUUCCUUAACACAGAGAAGCUCAGGCCUUGUGCAAAGACGGACCGAGGCCUCGCGAAAUGCAGCUGCCGAUAAGGAGCGAGGAAUUGGGGAAGACGACGAGUCUCGUCGUGAAGAGGAAGAGGAAGAUGACAAUGGAGAUUCAAAAGAAACUCGUCUUACAUUGAUGGAAGAAGUUUUGCUUUUGGGAUUGAAAGACCGAGAGGGCUACACAUCAUUCUGGAAUGACUGCAUUUCCUCCGGACUUCGUGGCUGCAUGCUCAUAGAGCUGGCUCUGAGAGGACGGUUACAUCUGGAGCCAUGUGGCAUUAGGAGGAAAAGCCUGCUGGCAAGAAAGGUCAUCUUUAAGUCUGAUGCACCAACGGGGGAUAUGUUACUGGACGAGGCUCUGAAGCACAUCAAAGAGACCCAGCCUCCUGAGACAGUCCAGAGUUGGAUUGAGCUGCUGAGCGGUGAGACGUGGAAUCCAUUAAAGCUGCACUUUCAGCUGCGGAACGUGCGUGAGCGUCUGGCUAAGAACCUUGUGGAGAAGGGCGUGCUCACCACCGAGAAGCAGAACUUCCUGCUGUUCGACAUGACCACACACCCGCUCACCAACAGCACCAUCAAGCAACGCCUGGUGCGCAAGGUGCAGGAGUCUGUGCUGGACCGGUGGGUGAACGAGCCGCAGCGCAUGGACAGACGGAUGCUAGCGCUCAUCUUCCUAGCCCACUCGUCUGACGUGCUGGAGAACGCCUUCGCGCCCCUCCUGGAUGAGCAGUACGACCUGGCCAUGAAGAGGGUGCGCCUGCUGCUGGACCUUGACCCCGAAGUCGAAGCCGCCAAGUCGGGGGCCAACGAGCUGCUUUGGGCCGUCGUGGCCGCCUUCACCAAAUGAAUUGUGGGAAGAUAGGUGGUAUAGAGGAAAAUGGUGGACAUUUGUUUUUUAGCUCGAUCAUGAAGGCAGACUUGGAGACACAGAAGGCUGUUGGCCCUGGAGCUCAGUUCUGUAGCUACCAUAUUUGGACUCUUGUUGUAAAGAUGCUUAGAACGGUAAUUAAGAUAAUAAUAAUAAUAAUGAUGACACUGAUGAUCAGGGGGAAGGCUUUUUUUCUUUUUCUUGUUUCUGACCUUUUUUUUUUGGGGCCGCAAAACAAAUACAGUUCACUGUGAGGUUCUGUGUAAUUAGAGCGCUGGUGUGGUUCCACCUGAUCUCCUGUUAACACCUGAGAUGGAGUGCAACUCAGAGGGAGACGUAGAAUCUUCCUUCAGUGUGUGCAAUAUCUAGUCUCACUCUUCAUCAGGAAGGAAAAACAACAUGAGAAAAAGAACAGAACUCAAGCCUGCUAUAAGUACACUUAAAGCCUACAUUUCUGUCAUGUGUGUGUGAACUUAAGGACUAAAAGAAAAUGCCUUCAGGCUAUUGGCCAGGGUGAUUAGUGUCCCCUACUCUCUAAUUUCGCUAAUAAAUACUAACAUCUGCCACUCAUUGGACUCAUCUGACUGAAACUCACUUUUAACCAGUCGGAUAGGAGAUGGGGGGCGGUCUUGUACGGUAUGGAUAUCAAAAGAAGGGAAACGAGUAUCUGUGGAAAGUCUGGCAGCCGGUUUCUGUAUGUCUUUGCUCUUGAUAUCAAUGUUGAUCAGCCACAGGUUUGUGCAUAGUAUCACAGUUUAAUGUGAAAGACAUUCCCCUUGACAGGCCCCAUGGAUUGGAUUGGGCUUGAGCAUAGGUCUGUUUAGUGGUUGUAGGUAGACAGUAACUCCCCCUAUGUGAGCAAUGUGAACUACAAUAGUAGGAUGACCGUUUUGCAUAAAAACAUUAGGAUGGGCAGGUUUGUCACGCGUUGUGUUCAAACAUUGGUAUCGGUGAUGAUACGAUAGGAAUGUUUGCGUGUAGGGUAUUUGUAUGCAAAGGUGUAAAAUGUAGCUUGAACUACGUAAUCUCAUAGUAUAUUCCCCUCGGAUUUGCCCUAUUCAUACUUUUUCCAAUGCCGGUUAACAGGUUUUUAGGGUUUGUGACGUAAGAUCCAAAUCUUGAAAAAGACUUUUGCUGUUUAUUGUCAUACGCCUGAAAGAAGUCAGCUUAAAGCCCUUACCAAACUUUAAGCCCAGUCUACCUAUCAAUUUUAUUGUUUGUCUUGGCCAUGUUGUCUGCUGGUAAGGACAAACAAUCCUCUGACCUCAGUCUCUCAUAGAGAUUGGUCCAUGCCCCCCUGUGAUCUCCCUGGAUCCUUCCUCAGCUUGCUUUCAGAUACUUCCACUCAUUUGUUAAGCAAGUGGAGCUUGCCUUUUUUUCGGGGAUAAAUAGCAAAAUGGCUCUCCUUACAAUAAGCAAACUAACUGGGGGGUGCUGGGAUGUGUUCGGGAUAGGUACAAGUUCCGCUGUUAUGCCCCAGCACAGCUAGCAGAGACACUCACCCUCGCACACUAAUACUUCAUGAAGCCUCGCUAAACAAACAAGGACACCACGGCUAACUCGUUUGCUGGAACGUGACGCUUUUUUUUUUUUAAGUUUGGUAUUGUUAAUAAUUUCACCACCUGUUUCUCUUUUUGUCAUGUAAAGUCAUUUGUAUUUCUACUUUUCAAAGCUUUUAUUACAUUAUUUCCCUUGUAAAUUUGUUUUUAAUUAAGUGUCUCUUCCUCUUUUUGUUUUUCCUGUUUCUUUUGGCUUUGGACAUCUUUUCUGGCUAAUCGGUUCCCUCUUCAGUGGUUGUGUUCAGUGGGCGAGUAGACAAAGUUUGGGUGGAGGGGGGGGGCACUUCUUAUUUUCUUUGGGGUGAGCAGGGGUCAAACCUGUAGACGUACUGUUGUUAAAACACGUCAUAAAUGUAAAUGUAUUUCAGAGACUUCAUGAAAGGGAUCCUGAUUUGUACACUUGCUUUUUACCACAUAAUAAAAGAAGAUCUUUUAAGUGCCUGAAAUAA